AUAAAGUGUUCCAUUCAUUUUUGAGCAGUGUAAUAUUGUGAGAGCCUUGUGGUGUGUACAUUAUCCACAGAAAGUGCGCUCGAUACGGCCUGUUGACGCUAGGAGUCGCCGGUUUCUCUUCAGAUUCCCCAUCGAGGUUAUGCGCCAUAUUGGCAGUCUCCUCCAUCUCAGCAAACGUCGGGCAUGCACCCCUCUAACCGGUUAUCGAGGAGACGUCUGUAAAUAUUUACUGUGGUCUGCCAGCAGAAAUACAACACUAUGGAGGCCGUCAAAGCCUUUAACAAUGAGCUGUACUCCUUGAAUGAGUACAAGCCGCCCAUCUCCAAGGCCAAGAUGACUCAGAUUACCAAGUCCGGAAUAAAGGCUAUAAAAUUCUACAAGCAUGUCGUCCAGAGUGUAGAAAAGUUCAUACAGAAGUGCAAGCCAGAAUACAAGGUCCCGGGGCUGUAUGUCAUCGACUCAAUUGUCAGACAGUCACGACAUCAGUUUGGCACAGAGAAGGAUGUUUUUGCCCCACGCUUCAGCAAGAAUAUCAUCUCAACCUUCCAGCACCUCUAUCGCUGCCCUUCAGAUGAUAAGAGUAAGAUAGUGCGAGUCCUGAAUCUCUGGCAAAAGAAUGCGGUCUUCAAGAGUGACAUCAUUCAGCCUCUGCUGGACAUGGCAGCAGGGAUUCCUCCUCCCAGCGUCACACCUGUAAUGCCCAGCAGUGCUGCCCCGGUCAAUAACACUACACCCGGUACCCCAGCUACACCGGCCACUCCAGCCAACAUAGUCCAGGGUCUGCCCGACUGGGCUUCACAGAUUACCAACACCGACACUGUGGCUGCUGUUGCCCAGAUCUUGCAGAGUCCCCAGGGACAACAGCUUCAGCAGCUGGUGCAGAGUCUGCAGAUGCAGCAGCAGAAACCCCAGCCGUCCCUGCUGCAGGCCUUGGAUGCUGGCCUAGUGGUGCAGUUGCAGGCUCUGACAGCUCAGCUCACUGCAGCAGCUACUGCCAACAGCCUUAACCCCCUGGAGCAGAGGGUCUCCUCUUUUAAUAAGAAACUUUUGGGUCCUUUUGACUUUGGCAACGAUUCAGAACGUAAUGAAGAAUCUAAAAAGGACAGCUCAUCAUCUCAGCUGCCCAUGGUGUCGGAGCCCAUUAACAGCUCCCUCUUCCAUCAGUUGGCUGAACAACUUCAACAGCAAAACCUGGAGCAGUUUCAGAAGCAGCUGCUAGAGCACCAGCAGAAGGCAAUGAACAUAGAAGGACAGGACUCGAUAUUUGGGCAAGACAACUCCGUUUCCAAUGCUCAGAGCAGCAGCCAGCCUCAACUUCCAGAGCCAGAGAAUAAGAUGGACGACUCCAUAGACAACCAGCAGCAGGACAUGGAUCUAGAUGAGGGCCCAGAUGGAAUGGAGGAGGAGAUCUUUGAGGCUGAAGAGAAGAAGACUUUGAACACACGCUCAAGGACGCGCUCUAGAUCACGCUCAAGGUCUCCCAAGAGAAGAAGGUCUAGGUCUCGCUCUGGCUCACGGAAACGCAAGCAUCGCAAGCGGUCGCGUUCACGCUCUAGAGAUCGCAAGAGGAAGUCAUCGCGGUCUUAUUCAAGUGAGCGACGUGCCCGAGAACGAGAGAAGGAGCGGCAGAAGAAAGGACUGCCUCCCAUACGAUCCAAGACUCUAAGUGUGUGCAGCACAACUCUGUGGGUGGGUCAGGUGGAUAAAAAGGCCACUCAGCAAGACCUCACCAAUUUGUUUGAAGAGUUUGGCCAGAUCGAGUCCAUCAAUAUGAUCCCUCCCAGAGGUUGUGCCUACAUCUGUAUGGUCCACAGGCAGGAUGCAUACCGUGCCCGUCAGAAGCUCAGCACCGGCACGUUUAAGAUUGGCUCCAAGAUCAUCAAGAUUGCAUGGGCUCUAAAUAAAGGUGUGAAACAGGAGUACAAGCAGUUUUGGGAUGUGGACCUGGGUGUCACCUACAUACCUUGGGAGAAGGUUAAGCUGGAUGACCUGGAUGGUUUUGCUGAAGGAGGAAUUAUUGACCAGGAGACAGUCAAUGAUGAGUGGGAAGCUACCAAGAAUUCUGAACAAGCCAAGGAAGCUGCCAGUCAGCCAGUAAGCACUGAGCCUACAGCAGCAUCCAACUCCCAAACCGAAACCUUCAACCAGCAGGUCACCAUGAUGCCUGUGCAGCUUCCAGUUGCCCAGGCAGUUCCCAGUGCGGUCGGGUUGGUGCCUCCUACCUUCCCUGUCACCAUGGGCAUACCUCCACCAGGUUACGGGCCACCGCCGCCCUUCAUAAGGGCUGGCUUCAAUGCCUCACAGCCUCCGCCAGGUUUCAUGCAGGCGGCUCAGACAGCAGGAAUGGCCUCAGCAUCUGCUUCUCUGGUUCAGCCUUCAGUGGCUUCCAGCCAAGAUGCUGUCAAGGACUCGCCAUUCAGCGCUAUGAUUCCUCCAACCAGCACCAUCCCUGGUAGCUUCAUGCCCUCGGCUAUCCCCGGAGCUGGCAUGUUCAACCCAAUGGGAGUCCAAACUCAGCAGCCCAAUAAUGAGAAAAUGCAGUCUGCAGAGGGCAUGGAUGCUACUGCAGAGCUCACACUGCAAGGCAUGCAGAACGCUGUCCGCAGUGGAAUGGGUCUGCUGGGCAUGCACCCUACAGCUUCGCUCACCCACCCGCUACAUCAGUCUGGUCUGAGUGGGCAGAGGAUGCCUGGCCUGCUGCCCUUGGAUGUGCGACCCAACCUGCUCCAGCCCGGGGCUGCUGCCCGCUUCCCACUACUUAUGCAGCAGAGCCACGCCCAGCAAACCCCGGGCCUGCUAGACAGUCCGAUCCAAGCUCAGCCCCGUGCCAGGGCUCCCUUCCCUCAGCUGGACCCCUUCAACCGGGCCCCUAACAUUACCAAUGAAAGUGUAUCCAAAACAGAAGACGAGUCUUCCUCUGGAGCAGAUGAAGGCAAAGACCAGGACUACCGCUUUCCUCCAAUGGAAAAGCAGAGCACGGGCCUGCUGCGGACCCCUCCACCAGAGCACAGGGAGCCCCUCGGAGGUGCUGGAGGAUCAGGAGGAGGUGGCAGACCACCUUUGCUCCAGACCCCAGGUACUCAGCCAGCCAGAUCUAGCCUGGUGGGCCGCCUGCAGGCUCUUGCAGGGUUUACGCCCGAUAACCGCUGGAACCAAGCCAGAGGGGACUUUGAUGAACGAGAUGGCAUGCGAGGAGCCCCCCAGCCCCCAGGUGGUCCAAAGGGCUUUCAGGAGGAGCGUCCUACAUCCGGGCAGAACUUCCCCUCCCGCUUUGAUAACCGUCCUGGGACAGCAGCUGGUGUUUCUGUAAAUGCCGGCCCCAUUGGGGGGCCACAGGCUUGGAACCGUAGUGGUAAUGCCACAGCCCCCUUUGACAGCGAAAUACAUCAAGACCUGGACGAACGAAGACGCCCGUGGGACAGGCAGAGGGAUAGAGACGAAAGAGAUUUUGACUUCAGGAGGGACAUGAAUGGUAACCGCCACGGCCGUGAGAGGGAGCGCGAGAGAGAGCGAGGCCGAGAGCGCACCAGGGAGCACGAACGCGACCAUGACAAAGAGCGGGACCGUGGAAGCUCAACACCCCUUCUCCCUCUGCCUACUCCUCUGCUUCCAACUCCACCGCUUAAUCCCAACCUAACGCUGAACCAAGGCAAAGUGCUUGCACCACUCAAACUCAACCCUCAGAUUCAGCCACGGUUCCAGCCCCCACUUUUGCCACAAGCUCAGGGCAAGCCCCCUCUGCUGGGUCUGAGUCAGGCAGCGCCUCAAGUUCAGAUGAAGUCUCCUCCUCCGUCACAGAGCCAAGCAGCUGUGCCCGAGUCAGAAACCCCAACUCCAUCUGAGGCACCCCAGGCACAGCCGACACCCCCGACACAUUCACACGACCCACCGUCUGACAACCAAGGUCAGAGCACAUUGACUGAGGCUCCCACUAAGUUGGAGUCAUCACCACAACCAGAGACCUCUCCACCCACAGAUACACCAUCUCAGCCUAUAGCCCAGCCCACUGGUUCCCCCGACAGCGAAAGCCCUGUCCACGCCUCACCACCGACUGAGGCGUCAUCCCAGGACUCCUCUAUGGCCUUCACACAAGCUGCCAGCCCCCCUGAAGAUACAGCUCACUCUGAGGAGGAGCAGAAAAGCGGACAAAAGGAUGAGGAGGAGUCACAAGAGAGACCCUCCUCACCCCAGCCACAGGGGGUCGAUGGACCUGGGAUGGACAAUGAACAGAGUGAGCCCGUGGAGGAUGCUGCAAGUCAGCCAGUGGUAGACACUGUCACAGACACUGAGGGGACAUAAUCAUCACUCAGUAGUGAACACAAACAGAAUAUUACACGCCCGGGGGAAGACAAAGGAGCAGAGGGAUGUUCUCAUGUCGCUGCAUCUUGUUUUAGUUUGAAAUAAACAUGCUUUGUCUGUUUAAAACACUUGCUUUAGGACUGUUUUCUGACCCAGGACCAGUGGAAAUGCUUUACAGACUCGUGCACACACACUGUGUGCUGUCACUUCAGUCAAUUUGAUGUUCUUGUAACUCAAGUUGCUGCUAUGCCAUCCAUCCACAGAGCACUUUGUUGGAUGCAACCGUGGGACUUGUAGUUUUUUAGUCUGAGGACUUCAGCCUGUAUGUUUCCCUAAGCUUUUGCUGGGUGACUGUUGAGGAUGGGAUUGUGCCUUUUUGACUGGAUUUGUCGUUCACGAUGCUAUCCAACACUACUGUGCGAUGUACAUCAGACUGUGCGUGCAACUCUGCUUUAGACAGCGUUCUUUGAGAGGAAUGCUCCCUGCACAGAAUUGACUGACCUACGGUUUGAAUGGUAGCUGUGCAGUUUGUGCAGCACCUACCUAGAGAACAUAUAUCCUCCAUCGUUCUGUGCAUGCAGGCCUGUAGCCAUCUUCUAACCUUCCUGUCUUGUUCAUUUCAUACCUGUAGUGGUUUUCUGUUGAGACAUACUUCUAGAUAUCCAUAGUCUGCUGUUCUCUCAGACCAAAUGUCUACUACAGGAGUUGUGAUGUUGAAUAAAAGUUGAAGGUGCAUCAGACUUUUACU